AUAAGACCAUACACACUCUACCCAUCAUCCAAUAAAAAUGAGAGAAGGAGAAAGUCAAUACGGUGAUAUCUUGUCUGUUUCAGGACCAGUCGUCGUUGCUGAAAAGAUGGAAGGUGCUGCCAUGUACGAACUUGUUCGUGUUGGUAAUCAACAACUUGUGGGUGAAAUUAUUCGUUUGGAAGGUGAUACUGCCACAAUCCAAGUCUACGAAGAAACAUCAGGUUUGACUGUUGGUGAUCCAGUAUUGAGAACUGGACAACCAUUGUCUGUUCACUUGGGUCCAGGUAUCAUGGGUAGUAUUUUCGACGGUAUCCAACGUCCUUUGGAAGUCAUUUAUAAAAACUGCAAUGAAGAUAUUUACAUUCCUAGAGGUAUUAACGUAAAUUCAUUGGAUAUGGAUAAGAACUGGUUUUUCAACCCAACAAACUUCUCUAUUGGUGAUAAAAUCACUGGAGGUGACAUUUUCGGUGAAGUUGAAGAAAAUGACUUUAUUAAUCACAAAAUCCUCCUUCCACCAGGUGCUAUGGGUGAAAUUACUUAUAUUGCUAGCCCAGGUAACUAUACUCUUAACGAUGCUGUCAUUGAAGUUGAUUUCAAUGGUAUGAAGAGACAAUUCGGUAUGGCCCACUUCUGGCCUGUACGUCAACCUCGUCCAGUUAUUGAAAAGUUAGCUGGUGAUUAUCCAAUUUUGACUGGUCAACGUGUUUUGGAUGCUGUCUUCCCUUCUGUCCAAGGUGGUACUUGUGCUAUUCCAGGUGCCUUUGGUUGUGGUAAGACUGUCAUUUCCCAAGCUAUUUCUAAAUAUUCUAACUCUGAAGCUAUUAUCUACGUUGGUUGUGGUGAACGUGGUAACGAAAUGGCUGAAGUAUUGAUGGAAUUCCCUCACCUUACUGUUACUAAUCAAAAGACUGGUAAGGAAGUUUCUAUCAUGAACAGAACUUGUCUUGUUGCUAACACUUCAAACAUGCCUGUUGCUGCCAGAGAAGCUUCUAUUUAUACUGGUAUUACAUUGUCCGAAUAUUUCAGAGAUAUGGGUAUGAACGUUGCUAUGAUGGCUGACUCUACUUCUCGUUGGGCUGAAGCUUUGAGAGAAAUUUCUGGUCGUCUUGCUGAAAUGCCUGCUGACUCUGGUUAUCCAGCUUAUUUGGGUGCUCGUUUGGCUUCUUUCUAUGAACGUGCUGGUAAGGUUCGUUGUAUUGGUAAUCCAGGUCGUACUGGUUCAAUUACUAUUGUCGGUGCUGUUUCUCCACCUGGUGGUGACUUUGCCGAUCCAGUUACUGCUUCAACUUUGGGUAUUGUCCAAGUCUUUUGGGGUUUGGAUAAGAAAUUGGCUCAAAGAAAGCACUUCCCUUCAGUCAACUGGCUCAUUUCCUACUCUAAAUACAUUAACUCUUUGGAACCUUUCUAUGAAAAGGUCGAUCCUGAAUUCGUUCGUUUGCGUACAAUCAUGAGAGAAAUUCUCCAACAAGAAGAAGAUUUGACAGAAAUUGUCCAAUUGGUCGGUAAGGACUCACUCCCAGAAAACGAUAAGGUUACAUUGGAAGUUGCUAAAUUAUUGAGAGAAGAUUUCUUGCAACAAAACUCAUUCACUGAUUAUGACAAGUAUUGUCCAUUCUUUAAGACUAUUCUCAUGUUGCGUAACUUUAUUAAAUUCUAUGAAGAUUCUCAAAAGGCUGUUCAAGAAUCAGGUGCCAAGAUUACAUGGAACACAAUUAAGAAUGCCAUGACUGAUUUGACUUACAAGUUGUCAAGCCAAAAGUUUAUCAAGCCAUCCCUUGGUGAAGCUGGUGUUAAACAACAACUUAACGACCUUUAUCAAGAAAUUUCAAAUGCUUUCAAGAAUCUUGAAGAAGAGUAAAUAUAUAAACCAAUUUUGUAAUAAUAUUGAAAAUUUAAAAAA